AUGGUUUUGGGAGUGGUGAGCAAUGAAGGACACGUCAUGCCGCCUCACUUCUUUUCUCACGGGCUUCGGGUGAAUGCUGCCGCCUACACAGAGGGUUUAAAAACAGUUGUAAAACCCUGGAUAGACAGAGUGCGUGGUGAGAGGCCAUACGUAUUCCAACAGGACUCUGCACCUUCACACAAAGCCAUGACGACCCAAGAUUGUAUGUCCGAGAAUCUGCAUGACCACAUUACCCCAAACUUAUGGCCACCGAGCUCGCCGGACCUGAAUCCUUUGGAUUUCUACGUAUGGGGCGUUGUUGAACGGGACACCAGUAAGCAUCCCCAUAACACGCUUGAAUCCCUUAAAGCUACUAUUACCAGAGUUAUGACCCAAAUGAAUAAGGAUCAUUUACUUCGGGCAUGCAGACGUUUCCGACAGAGAAUUGAGGCUGUUAUUGCUGCAGAAGGCGAUUUUAUUGAAUGA